GACGUAAGGAAAAGGUUCGUGCGUACCUGUCUUUAAUGAACAUCGUGCGACAACUCGAUGGCAUGAGUCGUCUGCAGUACUAUUGGCCUCGCAAGAGAGAUGAAGAAAACACACGAGAGCAGUAAUGAAAAUAAACCGGACGUCGACAAAGCCAAAAGAGUAUACAGAGCUGCUGUAGAUGCAAUCAAGCGGCUUGAUGAAGUAUUGAAGCAGAGAAAGGCCUAUCGGGAGGUCUUUACUCAAGAUGCUGUUGGGUUACGUAAUAAACUAAAAGAAUACAGUGAGAGACUCAUGUUCUAUAACCCACUUGAGUAUGGAAGGAAAGCAGAAGAUGUUCUAUGGCGGAAAGUCUUUUACCAGAUCAUCCAGCUUGUAAAACAAAACCGAAAGCAUGUACGGCCUGGCAGUACAUUGGAAUCUGCAUUCCGAACUCACCUGGCCUCGGCAACAGGUUACUACAAUCAUCUCCUCUUUAGGCUUCAGUAUGAGUUCUCUCUCAAUCUUCAUGGUAUACUAGAUUUCCAUCUGGUGCCUGAGCAAAAGACAGGCCACAGGAAGAGUUUUGGCCAUAACAGUCGUAGAAAGGAUGUGAACCCUAAAGUGCAGGACUGGGCUAUGAAGGCAUGCCACCGCUGUCUUGUGUGUCUUGGAGAUAUUGCACGUUACCAACAAGAUUUUGAUAAAGGAUUCAGUAAGUCAGCUUCAGAACGUUUUUACCAUCAAGCAAUAGCUUUGUGUCCUGAUAAUGGAAUGCCACACAACCAGUUGGGAACCCUAAGUGGGUCACGUUAUGUCCACUGUGAGGCAGCUUACCACUAUAUACGCUGUAUGGUGUGUGAGAAACCAUUUGAAGGUGCAGAAGGCAAUUUACAGCGACUCUUUGAAAAAAAUCGGAAAAGAUUCCUUGAACUCAAACAAUCCGCAAAUCACGGUCUUCCAUUGGAAACACAGAGUUUCCAGGACCUGAAGGUGUUCCUGACACAGUUUCUACAUCUGUUAAGCAUCUUCUUUGAUACAUCCAAGAACCCAGACUCAUCAGAUUUACAAGAAAGUUGCCAGGCAGCGCUUCAGAGUUUUAACUUGUGUAUGUUUCAUGAGCCCGACAUCUACACUCAUGAGGAUUAUCGUCUGGACGGACUCGAGCACCUUGAUGAUGACAUGGUCUUUAAGCUUGUUGUCAUGUGUAUGGCCACAAUUCACCUGCUGCAGUUACGAGGUUCCAGGCAGGUGACUGCAGCCACAGCUUUCCUCCUUGCACUGUUCUCCCACAUUCUAAAUCAUGUUGUCAUCCGCCUUCAUGCAGCUCUGGACGAGAAAGAGAACCCAAACAAGCUGCUUCACAGAGACUUUCAUCAAGAUGUUGAUGAAGAAAUGGAAGAUUUUUCAGACCCAGAAGAAAAUGGUCACAUCUCGCAUCACACACAUGGCCAGGAAGCAGAUGAAAUUCCGACUCCCUCCCAGAAUCACAGUAAUAGUUCUCAGUACAAAAGAGUGGUUACUGAAAAUUCAAUACAACAUGAGAAGUCAGAGAAAUCGAAGGCAUCUCGUAUGAAGAGUUUUAAACGGCGGAGAAGAAAACGACACAACAGCAGUGGCAGCUCUGAUUUGUCUGAUGUCUCUGACCUCAGUGAAGGUGCUGAACAUUUAUCUGACAACUUUCUGUCUGGAGAUUCAGAAGAUGAGGAAGAAGAAUUUGUUGGCUUUUUCACAAAUGACUCUGAUUCAGAUAUGUCUGAUGCUCUUAUGGAGAGUCAGGAGCUGGAGCCAGGAUUUUCAGAAGCAAACAAGUCCUCCAUGAACACAAACUCUCAUGAUCAACACAACAUUUUUCCUGGUGGUUUACCAGAGGCUAAUAAUGCAGCUUGGAUUAGUCAGGCAGAAAAUGAAAAGCUUGCUCAUUUGUCUUCAGAACUGUACUCCUCAUCUGCUUCUUUCUUACGACAAAAUCUGAAGUUGUCUCCACAGAAUAGCAGAUCCUAUGAAUGUGAUAUAGAUGAGUUUGAGAACUGUAAAGAUGUAAUUCAGGGCAAGAAAGAAGUGCCUGUUCCUCCAGGUUUUGCAUCCAGCAAGGAAGCUCUACAUGUGGCGGAAAUCACCAACAAACUCGCUAAUUUUGUGAUAGAGACAGAUACAGAAGCUAGCAUGGUCCCCACUGACUCAGAGCAAUCAGGAGCUGAUGUUGAAAAUGACACGGAGACUGAAGAUUAUAGCAGUACCUCUGGAUCUGGAGACAGGAUGGAGACAAGUCAUCGUCAGCUGAAGUACACUAUAGAUGUUGUCUACAGUGAAGGCCUGCUUUCCACAGUCAAGCUCAUGUGUGACUGGAUGAGAUGUAACAGUGGUGUCAUUAUGACCUGUGCCCAGAGUUCGCAAUCCCUGUGGCAUCGUCUGUCAGUCCUGUGUAAUUUAUUACCAGUGGAAACUCUUCUGGCAGAUCACGACCAGUGUUGGAUGGAUGAAGUGAAGACUGUUCUCUGCUCUAUCCGUAACCAGGAUUGGCAUCAAAUAUUUCCUCUACGUGAGGACAUCAAUCUCUCGCAGUUUCCACCCUUGGUUGAUGCUCAUUCGAGUCUAAAGCUGAAUAUCAAACGGAAAGGACAUAUCUCUGAAAUGCAAGAGUGUUUCCUGCGAGUGGGAUGCAUACGACAAUUUGGUCACUUCCUGUCCAGUCUAGAAAAUCUUAACUUCCAAUAUGAUGAAGAGCAGAAGACAUUCAUGGGUCCCACACAGCCAGUUGAUACACACGAAAAUGAAAAGGAGGCCAUGAAGCGAAUUGCAGAUGAAGAAAGCAGACGAAACCAGCUGAUGCGUGACAUGGCACAGUUACGACUGCAGGCUGAGGUGAGUCAGCUGGAAGGAUCUCUGGAUAUGAAUGACCAUUCCAGCUUUCCACCAUACCUCAUUCCGGACCCUCACUGUCUAUGUGACUGCCUCAGCAUGGUCAAGCAGCUCUUGCAGUCUGGAAAAGGUAUCCUUGUCAUCCCAACAUCUGUGAUAGACACUCUUGAUUUUCUGAAGAAGGAGUCGGGGCGGGCAAGGGAGGCAAUUCGUUGGCUGGAGGCUGAAUUCCGUAAAGGAAACAGAUACAUUCGAGCACAGAAGAGCAACGAAAAACUCCAAGAUAACACACCUAAACUCUUAAAGAAGGACAAAGCUAUGUGGUGUCUGUUCGAGAUCUUGAAUUGUGCUCGCUAUCUUGCCGUCCAGGGUGGAGAUUUGAAUAGUGGAAACAUGGUAGCUGUUCUGACUGCAAAAGAACUGGACAAAGGAAGUUUACCACCACUUGUAAAGAAGAUGUUAGCAGCCAAGGAAGGUGUGAGCAUCAACAGCAUAUCAUCUUUUCUGAGUAAAUGGAAAGAUGUUCCGAAAAGCAAGGGUUGAAGAUGGAACCCAGGAUGGCUUAUGUUGCCAUGUAAACAAUCCAAGCAUACCUAGUGGUAACCACAGGCGACAACAAGGGCAGAUAACUCACAUAGGGAAAAUCAGCCAAAAUACAAAAAAUAAACCGCAGUGGUGCAUUUACCUAGGUUUAUAACAAACAUCUUUCUCCCAAUGGAGAUGGGUCACCUGUUUUCUUUAUGAGGACGAAGCUGCAUAGGGUUGUGAAACAUUUGGAGAUUUGCAAAGUCAGGUGACACUCAAAGUAAAUGCUAUCAGAAUGCUGCUUUUCAGUAGUAAAAGAGUGUUUGGAGAAAAAAAUGGCUAGCCUUAUUUAGGCCUAAGAUCUUAAUAAUCAUAGUAAGUCCUGUUGCUACUAGAGGAAGGUUUAUAAAGAUCUAUUUGGUAAAGUAUUCUGUAAAGAAGACAUAGGAAUAACUAAUGCAUUGUUAUGAAUAAUCCAGAGAGCUGUCAACUUGUUGUAAGUGAUUACAGGGUUAUAUUUUAACAAGGUAAAUGUCUUUGUCCUGCAGUUAGCCAGGUUCAACGUUACAAAUGUGGACUUAUUGUCGGUGAAUAGGCUUAUUACAGGACAGUGAUAUAGUAUUUGGCGUUAAUUCUACAGAACAGCAAUAAUUAUUGACAGGCUAAAUACCAUAUUUGGGGCUUACUACUGGAGAAGUAUGUUAAUACACACUAGACCACAUUUUAUCCCUUAUUAUGUGAUACCAGCAAGUUAGUGACCAAGAAUCAUUACUUGAGGAAUGUGUAUAUGCAUUUGUGUUAUAUAUGCAAGUUGACAUUUUUUAUUCAAGAGCAGUGUGAAUAGCGUUGAUAAUCCCAAUAAGUUUGGUUUGAAAAUUUGGUAAACUAUCUUGAAAUAUUAUCAUUUUGUACUCUUAGUUAAUGAUUUUCCGAGUCAUAAAGCAAUCCUCAACUUGAAGAAAGAAUUGUGCUUUUGUAGAUUGUUUACAUUUAUAUAUCAUAUAGAAUUUUAACACUGUCAUUUUCCCGUAGUUUAAACAGACAAAAUCUUUUGAAUGACUUUUAAAGGAAUGAGAGAUCAAUAAUGAGCUAGAGGUGUCUGAAAUUGUAGCGAUGCUGUGAAAAAUGUAAUGGAAAUGUCUUAUUAAAUUUUUAAAAGUUUUGACUUCAA